GUCCAGUGUGAUGCGCCACUUAGCUCGGUAAUUUCUUGUAUUUGAAACUGUAGUUCCAUUAAUUGUUUUGGUACCGUUGGCUUGUUGCUUUUAUUAAAGUGUUGUGGUCUGCAAAUUACAUCUUGAUAAUACAUAACAGUCUUACGUUAGACUGUGAUACAUAAUAAUAAACAGUAAACACGUUAAGUUUGACGAGAUGUCAUAGAUGCUACUAGGGUAGAUGGACAGAUUCUUCGACCAUGGUCGAAGGACAGAUUACAAACAACAGUGAAUGAGUGAAGUUAUUUUGUUAUCCGUGGUUAUUUGAAGUCUAUAAGCAGUGCAAUCGGAACAUUAUUUAUGGAAAAAGAAAGCUGCAACGAUGCCAACUGAAAGACAUUGUUUUUAAUAAUUCUUUGCUGACUUGGUUUGCUCUCUCAAGCAAGUACAAGUGCUUUCCAUUCCAUAGGAACUUACGCCUCUGAAUAGUAACGGCUUGUGUGAAAGUGUGACAUGUAUGCGAUAUGGGAAAGUGGCGCAAGGAAGAUUGGGGAGAAAAUAAACGUAUGCGAAAGAGAAGCCGCUUACAAUGUUCGCCAGAUUAUCGUUUUAUCCUACACUUUUAUACAAUGUUGCCAUGGAGAAAUGUACGAAACGGAGAUGGUAUGACAGAAUUGACGAAACUGUGAUUUUAGGCGCACUGCCGUUUAAGUGGUUGACGACAAAGUUGGUCGAAGAAGAAAACGUCAAAGGCGUAGUCUCAAUGAAUGAAGAUUACGAACUAAGGAUACUGUCAAAUAAUAAGAAGUUUCGUCUUACGUUUCAGGAUUGGGAGAGGCUAGGAAUAAGAUUUCUUCAAUUGUCAACUACUGACAUAUUUGAAGCACCAUGCCAAGGAAAACUCUCACGAGGUGUGGAAUUUAUUGAGGAAGUGAAACAAAGCGGCGGCAGCGUUUACGUACACUGUAAAGCAGGACGUACCCGUAGUGCCACUCUUGUUGGUUGCUACCUUAUGAUGACUGAUUAAAAUGCCCAGAAAUUACAUUCCUGAUCCUAAUGGGAAAUCCUACACAAAGAGAAGCAAGGAUGAAUUAGCCCAAGCCAUUGCUGCAGUUAAAGGAGGGAGCAGCAUUAGGCAAGCUGCUGGAAAUGUCAGCAUUCCAUACACAGUUCUCCACUGACAUUUGAGGAAUAAGGAUGUUUGCCCCAAAGAGGGACAAACUGCAUUCUCCGCAGAUGAAAUGGUGUUGAUUGUGGACAGGCUUGCUAUUUGUGCCGCGUGGGGCUAUCACUUUGACCGGUUAACUCUGUGAUUGUUUGUCAAAGGAUUCUUGAGCCGGAGAGGUGAAUUAGUUUGAAAAAAAAAAAAAAAUUGCGUGGUCAUGAAUUCACUGUUAGGUUUUUGAAGAGGCACAAAUAAAAAUAGAGUCUAAGACUUUGCCAGAACAUACAAAGAGCACUUGCUUCUGUGUCGAUGGGUUGUACUACGGGAAUAUUUUGAUAAUUUAGAGAAGAAAAUUAAAUAUGUUCCCCCAAGUAAUAUUUUGUAUUUCGAUGAAACAAACUUAGCAGAUAAUCUAAGCCAUGCAAAAGUGAUUACGGAAAGAGGAUCAAAAUAUCCUGAGAGAGUCAUGAAUACCUCCAAACCAGCAAUGUCAAUUAUGUUUGCUGCUGCAGCCAAUGGAAAACUGCUUCCUUUGUAUGUUGUUUAUCACUCAGAGCACUUGUGUGCUUCAUGAAUGGAUGGUGCUCCCAAAGACACCAGAUUUUAUACAAGUGAAAGUGGGUGGUUUGAUGCUCAAUGUUUUGAUGACUGGAUUGCCACAAUCAUUUUCCCUUAUUGUAGGAAGUUAGAAGGCCCCAAAAUUUUAAUCGGCAGCAACCUUUCCACUCAUCUUUCUGUGGCUUCAGUCAAGGCUUGUGAAGAGAAUGGUGUAAGAAUGAUUUUUCUUCCCAAAAACUCUACACAUCUCACUCACCCUCUUGACGUGGCAAUUUUUGUCCAUUGAAGACCAGCUGGCAAAGCAUUUUCCAAAAAUUGAAGUUGGGUUCCUGUCGUGAGGAGACCACCAUUCCAAAGGAUAUGUUCCCCAAAUUACUAAACCAGCUUGUGAGGGCUCUGGAAGUAAAUGCCAAAAGAAACAUCCAGAUUGGUUUCAAGAACUGUGGGAUACUGCCAUUCAAUCCCAAAGAGAGUAAUUACAGAGUUCCUGGUGUUGAAGAUGAUGGUGAAGGACCCACAAAUCCACAGGAUGUUGAUGGAGCCCUCAUAGAAUUGCUCCAAGAAUUUCGAGGGAGCGAUGAAAGGCCUGUGAGACAACGGCAAACCAGUGCAGGCUGGGAAAAGUGUGUCAGUACAUGAUUUGCCUGAUGAUUAAAAGAGUGAUGCCUCGGACAAAAGUGACGAUGUUUUUGGAGAUAAAGACUCUCAAACUCUCUCCACCAACGAACAUGAGAACCCAGACAAGGCACAAGUGCAAUCAGUGGAUCGGAAGUCGUUUCACCUUAUCAACUUUAUCCUGGUCACUUUGUCAUUGUUAGAUUUGACACAAAAAAGGGACACAGGAGGUUCAUAGGCACAAUUGUCACUGUAACUGAGUCAGCCGUGACUGUUAAGUGCCUUUGAAAAAGGGUUUAGAAAAAGAACACUGUCUUUGGUUUCCUGGACAUAGACAAUAUAUGUGAGGUGACCCCAAUAAAAGUGGAGAGAAAGAUGAGUCACUAACAUUCAAAGGAGUCAACCCACCUUUUUUGUGGAUCCCAGGUUUUUAAAAUAAGUUAUAGCAUUUCAAGUUUUCUACAUAAAAUGUAUUUCUUUUUUCAAUAAAAUAAUUAUAAUCAUGUGUAUACUUCUUUUUUCUAUUUUGCAAUAAUCUUUUACUUUUUUAAAAAAAUAAGCAGGAGUCCUAAUCAUCAGUCUUGUAUAUCUUUCACGCCAGAUGGAAUAGUUUUGUCAUCACUGGUUCUCCCAAGGAUGUCAGUAAUUCUGAGGGAAUGCUGUCUACUUCGGGUGCCUUGUUUUGGAAUAGGUCUUUCAUUGCUCUGUCAAAUUCUUAUCACAGGAUCAUGUAUCUCACUCAACUUCAUCUACUUCCUCUUCCCUUUCUGUAAUAUCACCUUAGAGUUCAUUCUCCUUGUAUUGCCCUUCUGUAUAUUUCUUCCACUUUUUCGCAUUCUUUUCUUUGCUUAGUACUGGUUUUUCCAUCUGAGCUGGUGAUAUUCAUGCAGAUACUUCUCUUUUCCGCAAAAGUGUCUUUAGUUUCCUUAUAGGUGGUAUCCAUUUUCCCCUUAGUUUUACAUGCUUCUAUAGAAUUCAUUUGUCUUCUAGCCAUUUUGCACUUUCUGUCAGUCUCAUUUUUUUAGACAUCUUUAUUCCCUUUCACCUGCUUCAUUUUUAAAUUUUGUUUCAUCAAUUAAGUUCAGUACUUUCUGUGAAAUCCAAGGAUUUCUACAGGGCUUU